ACCGCAGCGGAGCGCAGGCAGCGGCCACAGCUGCAGGGUCCGUGUCGGAGGCGGCGUUGGAGUUGGCUGCUGGAGUCAGUGUCUGCGAUGGAGCAGCCGAAGAAGGCGGUGGUGGUGACGGGAUUUGGACCAUUUGGAGAACAUACAGUUAAUGCCAGCUGGAUCGCUGUUCAGGAGCUGGAAAAGCUGGGACUGGGAGACAGUGUGGACCUUCAUGUGUACGAAAUUCCUGUGGAAUACCAAACAGUCCAGAGGCUCAUACCUGCCCUGUGGGAAAAACACAGCCCUCAACUGGUCGUCCAUGUAGGGGUGUCUGGCAUGGCAACCACAGUUACCUUGGAAAAAUGUGGCCAUAACAGAGGAUAUAAAGGUCUGGACAACUGCCUUUUCUGUCCCGGCUCCCACUGCUGCGUAGAGAAUGGGCCUGAAUCCAUCGACUCUAUCAUCGACAUGGAUGCCGUCUGCAAGAGAGUAACCACCCUGGGCCUGGAUGUCACAGUGACCAUUUCUCAGGAUGCUGGCAGGUACCUCUGUGAUUUUACCUACUACACCUCCUUGUACCAGAGCCACGGCAGAUCUGCAUUUGUGCACGUCCCUCCACUAGGAAAACCCUAUAAUGCAGACCAGUUGGGCCGGGCCCUGCAAGCCAUCAUCGAGGAAAUGCUGGAUGUGUUGGAGCAGUCUGAAGACCAAAUCAACUAUGGCCACCAACACUGAGCAGGACAGGUCGGGCGGAUUGUCACGGUCGCACUUGGGAGCGGUCCCCUCCUGCUCAGGACUCUAGGUACGCCAUCCAGCCCUGCUGUGCGGCGCAGGAACUAAAGAUGCAAGCACACAAACUUGGCUUUGCUCAAUUUCUCUGAUGCAUUCCCCUCCCGUUACUUUGCGCCAGUGAGGUUGAUUCAAGGAAGGGGGCAACGGUUUCUUUCUCCUUUCCUUUCAUUAUCUUUUUUGAAAACCAGCUGCAACCAUUUACUUUGUUUCCUGAAGUGGCCAAACUUUCUGCAGAGUCUAUCCAUUAGUCAAGUGAUAUCAACAGACUCGACUACAUGCUGAGGUCCAGAUGUUCAGGAUUGACAUCUGGCACUGGAGUGUUUGGUUCAGGGGAAACUGGGUGAUGACCUCCCCCUCCUUGUGGUGCCUGGUUAGUCCUUAAUCUAAAAGACUGGGUAAGGAUUUUGGCUAGGUCUUUGUAUAAAGUAAUAGAAAACAGGCAAACCUAAAAAGGCUGGGGUGAGCUAGCUUUCAUUUUAAGACUAGUGCUAGUUUGGGACACAGAUUAAUUUAUAAUCCUAUUCGGUUAAAAGUCAAACAUGAUACAGCAAAGUUUUUGUUUUGUUUUGUUUUCGUUUUAAGUUGGGUUUCAGUUUCUCUCCCUCAGCCCCAGAGGUUCAGUCCAGAAAUGUGGAUCUAUGAGACUGCCCAUUGUUCUGGGAUCCCAGGGAGCCCAGCUGAGAUCCAUUUUUCUUGCGGUCUAGAGCCUGGAGGGAGGUGUCCCAUUCCUUGCUGCACACCCACCUUGCCAAUUCUCCCACCCCUGCCCAGAGCAGAGGCUUUGUGUUGCCUGGGAGAAGAAGAUUAUUUGAUUUGUGUGUGUGUGUGAGUGGGAUGUUUUGAUUUGAGGGGUUUUUUUGUUUUUAAACACACACACACACACACACACACACACACACACCCCACACCAAUUCACUGAACUGAAAAAAUAUCAGAGCAGCCACUUGGGAUUCAUUGGCCUGCCCUCCUGGUACUAGAGAUGGAUGCAAUUCGGGUAACCUUUAGAGUAACCCAUUACUUUGUAUUAUCUUUUCUGUGCUGCCCCUCUCCAGGGGAGGGCUCCCUGGUAGGGACUCUAUUUUAAGAGCUGGUGAUGAGUUCAUUAGAUGACCAUUUCCAAAGGGGAUUUCCAGGCAGCACUAAAAUUGUGCAGCCUUCUCCCUCUUUCUUAGAAUCUAAACGAGGAGUGUUGAGGCCUAGAGUGGAGUUUGGGGGAGGGGGGUGCUAUGAGACAGGGGGAAAGACCCUCCAACAGAACUUUGAUCUUUGGCCCUUCAUUGUCAGAACAUGGCAGUGAGAGUGUUGUGGGCCCUGGUGGGGGAGGCAGGCAGGGAGGACUGGGAGGGAGCCAUGCAUUGGGCCUUCCAGCCAAAGCUGAAGAAGUUAGUAGCAGGCCAAGCCCCUAGCCCACAAAAAGAAGCCAGAAACUGUGUUGUGCAAUAGGGGGGGCAGAGUACCGAUGAGCAAAACUUAGACCAGGCAUUGCUGAGCUGUGUCCUGAAGACAAUUUAAUCGCCAAUAAGUAGCUUAAACAUCUUGUCAAACUCAGCUCAAGAAUCCUGCCAUUUCUUUUGUAAACUUUUUUGUUUUUAAAAUAAAAAUGAUUUUACUGUAUAGAUGUGAAAGCUGCUGGAACUGGACUCAGUAAGAGCCAUCCAAUCAGCAUAUCCCAGCAUCAGAUUGUUUUUUUUAAAUGAAAUUCAUUUUUUUUAAUGAAGGAAAAAGGCAAGGUUUUUUUUUUAAGGCCAUAAGCAAUUUCUACUCUUUUCUCUUCCUUUGGAGGCAGUAUGGCUUAAUAUAUAGUGUGUUGGAUUUGCUCUCAGGUUCAAAUCCUGCCUCUGACAUUUACCAGCUAGCUGACUGACCUCAGGCCACGGUCUCCUCUAUAAGAUGGGGAUGAUACCUGUAGUACCUACCUCACAGGGCUGUUUGUGAGGCUCAGAGGAGAUCAUGUAUGUGAAGUGCUUUGCAAAAUUUAGAGUAGUAUCUAAAUGUUUAGUUAUUACUUCCAGAGCUUCUGAACCUUUGGAAAACAUGAAUAUACUGAAGGUGCGGAUGCAAUCUGAAUCCCUUUCAAAAAUCGUUGGCUUCCUUUGACCAGGGAACGGCAACGGGGAAUGGGAGGUGUGUGGCUAGGUUGAGUAAGAAGUCUUGAAAAGGGUCCUCGAUGACCAGCCAAUGGAAGUCCCCAGGCUUUGUGCUGCCGGGCAUUCCCAGGCAGUUCCACAAUAUUCAGCUGUCUUGCAGAACCUGUUGGGUCUGGCUUAUCCACAUUACUCCCAUAGGUGGCUGACCUCUUCCCCAACUCUGCCCUUCCUCUUGAAGUCAUAUGGCUGAUAUGGGCAAGGUCUGAGUUCUUGGUCUGUUAGACUUAGUGUGUUUCUGAGCAAACAUUCUCCCACUCUUGGAGGAAUGUGCAUGAGUGUGCAUGAGUAUAUGCGUGUGUGCAUGUGUUUCUGUGUGUGUGUGUGUGUGUGUGUGUGUGUGUGUGUAUACACGUUGACAAUUUCCUAUUGGAAACCCUCUUAUUUAAGGUUUUGGAAAACAGGAUGUCUGUGGAGUUUGUGGCUAGUAAACCUCCCAAUAUAGAUGAGGGAGCAUACUCUGGAAUGUCCCCAGAGGUCAUGAACUUUGAAACCAGCUGGACAGAAGAGUGUGAGGCAGGCGGGGGAAGCUUAAUGGUGGAAUCUGGUGAGCAGGGGCAGUCCUGAACCAUACGGCUUUCGGUGGUGGACUUUUCCAAAACACAUUUGUGUCAGUCACCGAUCUCUUGAUAGAAAGCUUCUCCUCUCACCAAGGUUGUGUUCACUUGGGGAGGGGGGGUUGUUUUAAUUUUUAUUUUUUGGUUUUGACUUCCAAUCCAUGUUUAAAGCAUUGUGUGAUUUUAUUUACUAGAAAUAUAAUUUAUUCUAUAAUCGUUGAUUUUGCAAAUGAGUAAGUAGCUGAGUCCCAUCUGUAGAGAUGGGUCUCACAUCUUGUCCUUAGUGAAUUGUGUAUAGUGAUCACAGUAAUUGUGCUAUUCAGCUCAUUUUAUUUAAUCUGAUUUAAAUUAAACAUUUCACUCAUCACUGCCAA